AUGGCAGAAAAAGAACAAAUUAAAUUAGUCUUAGUUGGUGAUGGUGGUGUUGGUAAAACCACUUUUGUCCAACGUCAUCUUACUGGUGAAUUCGAACCAAGAUAUAUCCCAACUCUUGGUGUAUCAGUCCAUCCAUUAAUCUUCUACACCAAUUUCGGUAAAAUCCACUUCAAUGUAUGGGAUACCGCUGGUCAAGAAAAAUUCGGUGGUUUAAGAGAUGGUUAUUAUAUUCAAGGUAAUUGUGCCAUUAUUAUGUUUGAUGUCACAUCCCGUAUUUCAUACAAAAAUGUUCCAAAUUGGCACUCUGAUUUAACCAGAGUUUGUGAAAACAUCCCAAUCGUUUUAUGUGGUAACAAAGUUGAUGUUAAAGAUCGUAAAGUCAAACCAUCCCAAAUUGUUUUCCAUCGUAGAUACAAUUUAUCAUACUAUGAUGUUUCAGCCAAAUCAAAUUACAAUUUCGAAAAACCAUUCGUCUGGUUAACAUCAAAACUCCUCGGUAACAAGGCUGUCACUCUCGUUCAACAACCAACCUUAAAAUUACCAGAAACCGUUCUCGAUUCCAACUUAAUGAGUUUAUAUGAAAAAGAAGUCGCUGAUGCUGCUGCCCUCCCAUUACCAGAAGACAAUGAUGACUUGUAA